UCAUCUUCACAGAUUCGCAGAGCGAGUCUGUGAACUCCACCAGCUGGGACACUGUCUGCCCCAUUGUCAUCCAACACCAUGAGCUGGAGCUUCCUGACACGUCUGCUGGAGGAGAUCCAGAACCAUUCUACGCCGGUGGGGAAACUCUGGCUCACCACGUUGGUAGUUUUCCGCAUCGUGUUGACGGCCGUGGGCGGCGAGUCCAUUUACUACGACGAGCAGAGCAAGUUUGUGUGUAACUCCGGUCAGCCCGGCUGCGAGAACGUUUGCUACGAUUCCUUCGCGCCACUCUCGCAUGUGCGAUUUUGGGUCUUCCAGAUAAUCCUUUCCUCUCUGCCCUCGCUCCUAUACAUGGGGUAUGCGGCCAAUAAGAUCUCUCGCAAUCAGGAUCAUGGAGGGACUAGGAACGAAGCUCCGGCGGAGAGUAUCCCUGAUAGUGGGUACACACAACGGAAGCCAAGGAAACUGUACUUCGGGGCACGUCAACACCAGCCAGGGCAUGAGACCGCAGAGGAGGAGCGUGAAGACGACCCCAUGAUCUAUGAGGUGCCCGAAAUAGAUAACACACGGAGCGAGCUCGUGCCGCCCCGUCCCAAGCCCAAAGUACGGCACGACGGCCGGCGCCGUAUUAAAGACGACGGCUUGAUGAGAGUGUACGUGCUACAGCUGCUGACUCGCUCCGCCUUGGAAGCGGUUUUUCUUGCCGGUCAGUACCUGCUGUACGGCUUCCACGUGGCACCGAUAUUCGUGUGCACAAGUGAGCCCUGCCCACACCGCGUAGACUGCUUCGUUUCACGCCCCACAGAAAAGACCAUCUUCCUCCGCAUCAUGUACGGCGUCAGCUGCCUCUGUCUGCUGCUCAACGUUUGGGAGAUGAUUCACCUCGGGGUGGGCACCAUCAAAGACGUCCUACGGAAACGCCAAGCCGCUUCGGCAGAGGACGAAUACCAGCUGGGCUUGCUAGGGCCCGCGGGCAUGCCUGUCGGAGUGAAUGGACCGGAACUGAGCGAAGCAGAACUGGCGGACGAUGUUGGAAGCAGGGUCAGAGAAGCGGACUAUGUAGGUUACCCUUUCUCUUGGAGUACGCCAUCUGCGCCGCCGGGGUAUAACAUCGUGAUGAAGCCCGAGACCCUACCCUACACAGAUCUAAACAAUGCCAAGAUAGCGUGCAAGCAAAACCGCGCCAACAUCGCACAGGAGGAACAGCAGCAGUUCGGCUCCAACGAGGACAACUUCCCCUCGGCGAGCGACGCCCGGCCACCGCCGAUCAACAAGAACGCCGUCCAGUUAGAAGCAGCCAUUCAGGCCUACGCCCUUCAGCACCAUGGCAGCAAUAACAACGACGACAUACAUAACAACCACAACAGUAACGAUCAGCUACAGAGUAACAUACCCGCUGUUCUUCAGAAGGAGAGAAAGCAUCGAUUGAAACCCAGCAAAGCAGACAGCGCCGGGAGCAGCAACAGUAACAAGUCCGGGGAGGGGAAACCAUCUGUAUGGAUCUGAGAAUUCACCCAUAUACGUAUAUUCGGGUGUUCCCAUGUACUCACCCAAUUCCAUCCAUAUAAACACAGUACAGAUUUUGGGUAUACAUCGCACAACCACGGGCAUGGCAUAUAGCUGAAUUUUUUUUGAAGCACCGUGUGCCUUAAAAUCCAGGA